GUUUGUAGAAGAUCUCCCAUUCCCGCGCACUUCUGUACCUCUUCUCAACUCCCCGCCGCGCAAUGCUUUGCAGGGUCGCCGCAGGCACCCGAUCGCGAGACAGAAACUACUUUCUCAGCUUAAUCACCAAGGCUGCAACCGUCUCUCAGCUCAGCCAAACUCACGCCCUGUUGAUCCACCACGGCCUUAGCAACGACCUUAUUGCCGUUACAAAGCUAACCCAGAGGUUCUCUGAUCUCCAAGCCAUAUCCCAUGCCAAACUUAUUUUCAAGGCCUUCAACUGCACCAACCCCCCUGACCUAUUUCUGUACAAUGUUCUUAUCAGAGGGUUCUCUCAGAACAACCUACCUUUUGAUUCUCUCUCCAUGUUCCAUCACCUUUGCUGUAAAACAAGACUAAAACCCGACAAUUACACGUACGCUUUCAUUAUUUCAGGCAUUUCUUUUUCUGGGUAUCAGGGUUUUGCCGUAUUGCUCCAUGCACAAGUAAUAGUUUCUGGUUAUAGCUCGGAUUUGUUUGUCGGGUCUGCAUUGGUGGAUAUGUAUACGAGCUUUAAGAGAAUUGGUCACGCAUACAAGGUGUUUGAUAGAAUUCCGUGUCAGGAUAGUGUGCUUUGGAACACUAUGAUUUGUGGGCUCUCGAGGAAUUGUUGUUUUGAUGAAGCAAUGCGGGCUUUCCAUAAUAUGGUUGUGAAUGGGACUCAAUACAAUUCUACGACAUUGUCAGUGGUUCUUACAGUUGUGGCCGAGUUGCAGGCAUUGCAGCUGGGGAUGAUGGUUCACUGCUUGGCGGUAAAGGUUGGGUUACAUUUUCAUGAAUUUGUGAUUACAGGGCUUAUAUCGGCAUAUUCAAGAUGUGGGGAUGUUAAGACUGGCUGGAUGUUGUUUGAGCAAAUUAGGAAACCAGAUUUGAUUUCAUGUAAUGCAAUGAUUGCUGGGUUUUCAUUUAAUAAUAAGACUGAAUAUUCAGUGAGGCUAUUCAAUGAUUUGCUUGCCUCAGAAGAGAAAAUUAACUCUAGUACUAUUGUUGGUUUGAUUCCGGUGUCCUGUCCUUUUGGUCAUCUAGAUUUAAGCUGUUCAAUACAUGGUCUGUGUGUAAAAACAGGUAUGAUUGGAAAUCCCUCUGUUUCUACUGCACUGACUACAGUUUACAGUCGCCUGAAUGAAAUUGAAUUUGCCAGGCAGCUAUUUGAUGAGGCCUCGGAGAAAACGUUGGCAUCUUGGAAUGCUAUGAUAUCUGGAUAUACACAAAAUGGUCUGACAGAAAGGGCAAUAUCUCUCUUUCUUGAAAUGCAAAAAUUAGAUAUCCAUCCCAAUCCUGUCACAAUCACAAGUAUACUUUCAGCUUGUGCGCAACUUGGAGCUCUAAGCAUUGGAAAAUGGGUCCAUCAAUUGAUAAACAACGAGAGUUUGGAGUCUAACGUUUAUGUUCUAACGGCUUUAGUUGACAUGUAUGCUAAGUGUGGAAAAAUUGAGAUAGCUCGACAAUUGUUUGAUGCUAUGCUGGAGAAAAAUGAAGUGACUUGGAAUGCAAUGAUUUCUGGUUAUGGACAGCAUGGGUUAGGGCGUGAGUCAUUGGUGCUCUUUGAUGAAAUGCUUAGUUCUGGGGUUCACCCAACUGGAGUUACUUUUCUUUCCCUACUUUAUGCUUGUAGUCAUGCUGGUUUGGUAGAAGAAGGUGAGCAAAUUUUCUAUUCCAUGGUCCAUAAGCAUCAUAUUAAGCCAGUUUCUGAACAUUAUGCUUGCAUGGUGGACCUCUUUGGCCGAGCUGGGAAACUAGAAAACGCCAUGAACUUCAUAAAUGGGAUGCCUGUGGAACCAGGUCCAGCAGAAUGGGGUGCUUUGUUGGCUGCUUGCAUGAUCCACAAGGACACUAAUCUAGCUAGCAUGGCCUCUGAUAAACUGUUUCAUUUGGAUGCUGAAAAUGUUGGUUACUACGUGCUUCUAUCAAACAUAUAUUCUGCAGACCACAAUUAUCCUCAGGCUGCUUCAGUGAGGCAAAUGGUUAAAAAGAGAAAGUUAGCUAAAAUUCCCGGGUGUACUCUAAUUGAGGUUGAUGGACAUCCAUACGUCUUUAAAUCCAGUGACCAGUCACACCCUCAAUCUGCUGCCAUUUAUGCGAAGCUUGAGGAAUUGAUGGAAAAGGCGAGAGAGGCUGGAUUUAAGGCACAGACUAGCACAUCGUUGCAUGAUGUGGAAGAGGAGGAAAAGGAGCUCAUGGUUAAAGUUCAUAGUGAGAAGCUAGCCAUUUCUUUUGGGCUUAUAACUUCUGAACCUGGAUCUGAAAUCAGGAUAAUCAAGAAUCUAAGGGUCUGCAUUGAUUGCCAUAACUUCACUAGGUUUAUUUCAAAGAUCACUGAGAGAACUAUUGUUGUGAGGGACGCAAAUAGGUUCCAUCAUUUUAAAGACGGCACAUGCUCUUGUGGAGAUUACUGGUGAAAGAGGACUUCAUCCUACCCAUUGAACUCUAGAGGAUUGGGAAAUGAAGAUGUUUGUACCAUUGAGGAAAACUGUUAAAUAUGUACGUACUAUAGUACAAAAAGAAAUGAAGCCUGCGUACUACAGAAUCACCUGAUCAAACCUCCAAACUAUAAAAAAAUACUCUAUCUCGCAUCUUAGCCGGUUUCAAACCGGUUAGCCUGUUAGCCGUUGAUGUGGAUCGCAUAUGGCUUUAACUUUUUCCCUGCUUGCCUGUUCCCCAUCAACCUGACAAGGCACCCUUUCCCUUCGCCGGCGGAAUUGCUUCAGCCUCAUCAAUCCAUUACCGCCGUUGCUAAUUUGAGGGAAGAAGAUGUGAGCAGUAUCAGUGAGUCACAGAAGAAGAUGAGAUGUGCUAGCCAGGCGUCGGUAAUUCUCUGCUCGUCAUCAUCGUUCCAAGCCCAGCCUCCGCCUAGAUGCAGAAAGAAGAAGACGGAGUAGGCGAGAAGUGACUGGAAGACUAAUCUCCAUCGCUGUUCGACCCAUCCGCUGCUCUAUUUGUUGUAUCCAUCCACCUCCUUGUUUGCCGGCGUCUCUACUCACCUCAAAGGAGAAGGACAUCAAAGAUUCAGCUGCAGACAAAAUCGGUAGUGACGCAAAACAAAUCAGAUCGCAUAGAGGCUUGGUGAGUACAUCCCUACUGGCGAGCACAGUAGCAAGGUCCCUAAUGGCCCUCACCUUCUAUUGCUGCUUACUUCUGGUGGUUGUUGUUGCUGUUGGCCUCCUCUCCUGCUCUGCUCAGUGUCCCUUCCGGCAACCUGGAUCUUACAUUGGACGGCUACCAAGAAACGGGGUUGGGUGGCAUGCUUUUUAACAGGCUACGGUUGUUGAUCGGCUAUAAUGCGGGAUUGGUUUCUUUAUAGUUUGAUUGGGUGAUUUUCUAGCGCGGGGUCUUAUUUUCCGUUUUUGCUACAGUACCAGGCUUAUUUAACAAUUUUCCCUACUAUUAAUUAAUUUGAUAUGUGAGGAACUAAGGUUAAGGUUUAUGAUGAAGCAUUCAGUCAUUCACUUCCGUGAAUAUAAAUUGUCCUUUGACAGUUUAUAUUUGGAUUUUUUAAAGGUAAUUCUUUUACCAUAGCAACUAAAAGCAUCCAGCUCUUUAAUGUUUUUUUUAUAAUUGUUGGAAUACUGUUACAGGAGCAUUCAGCUCCAUAGUUUUUUACAGGACCGCUUGGUUAAACUCAUUUGGCAUGCAUCCCACUAAGACAAACUUUCAAGUCGAUCGCGUAAGUGUUGUUUAGUCUUCUAGAUAUUUGGUGAAGAUUUUAAAUUAUCGAGUUUUUCUUUGGGGCUCUGUUGUGGUAUAAAAUCGGUGGGUUUUCUUGGUGUUUAAAAUCUGUUGUUUAGUCUUACAGAUAUUUGCCUCUUAUAAUGUUAACACAGUUGUCUUCCAUUUCUUUCAACAAUCAGGGAUGCUAUUGAUCCUCAAAGACAAUGGAGUCGAAUACAGAAGCUAGCGGCACACUCGCCUCAGAAAGCCAAUUUUGUUGAACCCGUAAUGAUACAUGUACUUGUAAAUAGUGUUGGUAGCAACCCAAACACGAGGGGUAACUGGAAUAGAGUGGUUUAAAGGAACAACGAAUGCUGUUAGACAAUCUAUUUGAGGAUGCUCAGAACAAGGAUGCUCAGAACAAGGAUGUUGAUAAUAGCCUCAUCCUCUCAGGCGAAUGACAAUGCUGUUGGAGAGUUUUUUAGGUCUAGUCUAGCAAAUAUGAAUGAGUAAUAAAAUUGUUAAAGACAAAGUAUUUUAGCAAUACAUACCUCUUUUCUUGUGAGCUCUUUUAGGGUUGAGUUAGACCAGACAUUUAAGUAUCAAUAGGUUUGAUAACUUAACCAUAUGUCCAGAAACACUCCUCCCUUCCUACUACCUACAAAAAUGAAAGCACCCAUUCUCCCAGUAUUGUGCCUUUCUUAACAACGGAUCAGGAGCCUCUGCCUUGCUUUAAAGCAAGGCACGGUGCUUGGCUUUUGGGAACCGUCCGAUCAAAAUUUGAACUGCCAAAGAUAUUGAGAUCCACAUCCCGAGGCGUCAUUUUCCCAUCCAACGGUCCCUCUGCCACACAGCACAGGAUCUCAAUCCCUUAACCACAAAUUGCACACUCUCUCUUAUUGAAGAAAUGAGUGAAUAUAAUCCUCUCCAACCCUUAAGUGUUUGUUUUUAUCAAUGGUUAAUAACUUCAGGCCGUAAAUAAAUAAGCUAAAAAAAUAAUAUCGGAGAUUUUACAACCUAUAUAUAUAUAUAAUAUAAUAUAUGAUAUACAACAUUUGAACCGCCCGAUUGGUGGGGUAAAAUUGUGGUACCCCAAAAUGAGGUACACCAAGCAAGACUCACAAAUUCAUUCUUUGUUUCAUUACUUACUUUCACAUUGUAAAGCCAGUGAAUAAAAAAUAAGCCAAGUUCUUAUAUUCACUGCACAACUGUUUUCUUUGGUUCUUAUAUUGGCAGUUUGGCACCACGCCACCACCAUGUUCCAGAAAAAUAUUCUAAAACUCCUCAUAUGGGCACUAAUUCUAUAUACUGUUGCAUUCAAUUCCUACUCAUGUUGUCAGCUAUUCAAAGCAAAGUUCGUUACGUUCUAAAAUUUGUAUAAGUGAGCAGGUUAAACGGAAACUGUCGCUCAUAAGUGACUCAUCA